AUGAGCAACAUCUAUGGCAUCCGGCCCUUGGCCAGCAAAGUCGCCUUUGUUGCCGGUGUUAACGGCAUCAGUGGCAGUGCCAUUGUCGACUAUCUAAUCAAGCAGCCCGCCAAUGAGUGGGCGGAGAUAAUCAUCACGUCGAGAAGUCCUCUCAAGACCGUUUACACCGACCCAAGGGUGCGAUUCGUCGCCAUCGACUUCCUUGCGCCGGCCGAAGCCAUCGUCGAGAAGAUCAAGGAGCUGUGCAAGGACGUUACCCAUGCUUUUUUCACCUCGUACAUCCACAACAAUGACUUUUCGGUACUGUACAAAAAGAAUGGUCCCCUUUUCCGUACCUUCAUCGAAGUGGUGGACCUUGCCUGUCCUAAGCUGCAGCGUGUGGUGUUACAAACCGGAGCCAAGCAUUACGGGUUCCAAUACAGGGACAUUACAACCCCCUUAUUGGAAGACAUGCCUCGCUAUGAAGGCCCAGAGAACAUCUUCUACUACGAGCAGGAAGAUGACCUUUUUGCUGUUCAAAAGCGCCGCAACGCCUGGAGCUACAACAUCAUUCGCCCCGGGGCCAUCAUCGGCUACAGCUGUCAAUACCUCGGAAUCAACGAAACUCUCCCACUAGCCCAAUACUUCCUGAUCUGUCGAGAGCUCGGUGACGCACCACGCUGGCCCGGUAAUCUGCAAAGCUACCACCGCGUCGAGAAACAAUCGUCCGCCCCUGGAAUUGCCAACCUUACUAUCUGGGCAGCUACCCAGCCCCACUGCAAGAAUGAGGCCAUUAACCAUGAUGAUGGGGAUGUGAUCGUCUGGAAGUUCCUCUGGCAUUUGCUAGCCAGAUACUUCAAGGUUCCAAUGGACAAGUUUGAGGCCCCUACUGAGGCAACACAACCAUUUGAUCUGGCCGAGUGGGCUCAAGACAAGAAGCCGGUAUGGGAGCGCAUUGUCGCCAAGUACGGUGGCGAUCCGGAGGCGUUCCAGCUGGACGCCUUCCAGCUCAUGAACUGGUAUAUCACACCCGCGCCCAACAUGAAACCCUUUAUCACUACGGUCGUGAAAGCACGUCAGUUUGGUUGGAACCACAGCGAUGAUACCUACCAGUCGUGGCUUAACACCAUGCGUGCAUAUGAGAAUGCCGGUGUGCUGCCAAUUCUCCCGUAG